AUGGCGCCCAAACCAACACUCCCAGCCUGCGGCUACAUCGUGGCGGACCUCGGUCUACCUCAAGCAAUGGUCGACGAACUACUAUCUGAGGCCAAGGCUAGGACCUACGUACCAGUCUUUAAAAUGGUGGCCGGGGAUGAUGACGACGGUCUUCGUCAACAAUCACAACCUCGCCAGGAUUAUCCUAACGAAGUGAUUGCCACCGCGGCCAAGAAGAAGACAGGGCGUAUACCUGCGAGCGCUAUCUUUGCUCUGGAUGAAGGGACGAUUCUUCGAGCGUUCUCUGGCGGCUUCACGACACGAGACGACACCAAGGCUUGCGAGGUUCGUAUUCCUGUGGGAUACUGCAUAAUUUUCCGCGGAGACUUGAUCCCCAACGGCAUGCCCUACGCCGCCACCAACCAUCAGAUCCACUGCUACCUCUCCUAA